CUUCAGUCCAGUCCUCUCCUUGAGAAAUAGCACAGGAAGAAGGCAGGCAGGCAGUCUCCAUCAAAAGAAAGAUGAUCAAGAAAUCCAUUCUCGCCAUCCUGAUUUUCCUGCUCUGCACAGCUCUCAUCCAAGGAAUGCCCACCUCUGGAAGAGGCCGCUGCCUUUGCCACGGAAGGAGCGUGACCCUGGUGAGGAUGAGCAACGUGGCCAAGGUGGAGUUCCACCCGCCAAGCAGCAGCUGCGACCAGGAGGAGCUGAUAGUUUACUUCAAAAGAAAUGGGAAAAGGAGAUGCCUUGACGUAAAUAUGGACCAAGGCAGGAGAAUAAGAGAGGAAAUUAUGAGGAAAAGGAAAUGAAGAUCGCUAGAGAGAAGACAGUGAAAGUACCAGCGGGCAUUUCAUUUCAGUGGAAGAUGGGUUGUGAUGUCUGAGCAGUUGUCACAGAAGCCUUUCCAUCAUUCCUGAACUUCUGCGGGAAGACCUCCUGACAGUCUUCUGGAGCACUCAAGCUCUCCGGAAGAUACUUUUGCAAAUGCUAGCCUUGUUGUUUCGGGGCAAGCUUGUUUUUGUAAAGAUGCAGUGAUUUAAAAAAUGAGCCAGACUUUUUCCUGUUUAAUCUUUCCUUUCCAAUUUGAGCACAAGAGUUAAUUUCAAUGGGAAAUGAUGAGAGCACAAGGAUAAUCAUUUCAAGAUGCAAUACUUCGAUGGCUUUAAUAUCUCUGUGCACAGGAAUACCUUUGGUACUUCCACUUCGGCUACAUUUAGGAGAAUACUGUUAUGGCAUUCCACUUUCUCAUUGUAUCUUUUCAGCUACUUCUGUAGUUUGCUAUGGCUGAGGGUGGGCAACAGGGUUUUAAAAAUGCAAACUCCCCAACCUGGUGUCUGACUGGGGUCUUAAACAGCCCCAGACAGAAUGAAAAAGCUGUAUCAGUGGAUCCUGUGAGGGCCAAACAGGCCAUGCGUCUUUGUAUGUGACGCACAGAUUUUAAAAUGCAGUCUGUAUAAGCUGGUAGAGGGAUCUGAUCGUUUGCAGAAUCAGAUCAAGGACUUAAUACCUUCCUGCUGCAAUCUAAAGGAUAUCCCUUCUGCAAAGAUGGUGUUUGCAUUGUGGAGAGAGGCUAUUCUCGAAAUUAAAAAUUGUAUGCAUAUGUUAAGUAAGCUGCAAAUGUCCUGUAAUUCUGUUCAGAGAAAACAAAAGCUUGUGUGUCCACUAACUACCUGGCCAUCCUAUAUAUUUGUAAAUAAACGUAUUUUUUUCUUUUGUAA